GACCCCUCCCUCCUCGUAUAUAAUAAUAAUAGUACGUUCGUAAAAAUCCCCUUCAUUUCUCCCUUCUUCACCCUUUUUCCUCCAAAACCUCUGCCCUCAUCCAGUUCACAAUCCGGAUUUCUCUGUAUUUACUAUUCUUAGGCUAUAUUUGCUCUGGGAUCUUCACAGAUAUAUCGUGUAUAUAUAUAUAUAUAUAUUGUGGGUUUUACCUUUUUCUUUUUUCUGGAAAAGACAAGCAAGGAAGUAAGGAUGGCCGAUCAUCAUCAUGAGGAGGAUGCAAAGGCGGAAUCUUUGAUUGAGAAAACUAGGGACAAAGUUCAUGGUGCUGAUGAUUCUUCUUCGUCUUCUUCCGACGACGAAGGCAAAACCUCAUCGUUGAAGGCGAAGGUUUUUCGCCUCUUCGGAAGAGAGAAGCCCGUUCACAAGCUCCUUGGUGGGGGCAAACCUGCUGAUGUGUUUAUGUGGAGGAACAAACAGAUAUCAGCAGGAGUACUAGGUGUUGCCACUGCUAUCUGGGUUCUGUUUGAAAUUCUGGAAUACCAUUUGCUCACAUUAGUUUGCCAUGGUUUAAUUAUUGUACUGGCUGUGUUAUUUUUGUGGUCCAAUGCGAGCACCUUCAUCAACAAAUCUCCACCUCGCAUUCCUGAAGUUUCUGUUCCUGAGAAGCCGGUUUUACAGUUUGCAUCUGAUGCAAGGGUCGCGAUCAACCAGACUUUUGCACUUUUGAGGGAUGUUGCAUCAGGAAGGGAUCUGAAGAAGUUUCUGUCUGUGAUUGCUGGCUUGUGGAUCUUUUCCAUUCUGGGCAGUUGCUGUGAUUUCUUGACCUUGCUUUACAUAUCUGCUGUGCUGCUUCACACAGUUCCUGUGAUUUAUGACAAAUACGAGGAUCAGGUGGACUCGUUUGCUGAGAAAGCUUUGGCGGAGCUCAAGAAACAGUACGCUGUGUUUGAUAAAAAGGUGCUGAGUAAAAUCCCAAGGGGACCAUUGAAAGACAAGAAGACGGAUUAAAUUUAAAAGACUGAUCUUGUGGCUGUUAGUUCUGAUGAGAGAUUUGAUGGUGGUGUAAUAGCCUAAUGGGGCGUGUCCAUAGCUUGUUAAUUAUGCACACAAUAGUUGAAAAUCCUGCUUUAAUCGUGUCUUUAAUUUGGGUGGUUGGCCUCAAAACCAUGACCGCAGUUUGAGUGGGUCUGUACAUGCAUCAUAUGCCACACUCACACGCUUAUUUAAAAAUGUUCAUCUGAAUUCAUGCUUA